CCUGAAUGAUGCUGACCGACUGGAGUUCCUACAAGGGUUUUUUGAGAAGAUCUUGACCCUUUUGUUACUGGGGCGGGAGGGAAGAAGAGCUUGAGAUCAUACGGAUGAAUAAGUAUAAAGUGGUGCAAAUGAUGUUCCUGGACAAGUGUCAGGAGGGGAGAAGUGUGACAUUUGGAGCAUGAGUCGAGCUGAUUAUGCAUCUGCUGGUCCCGCCCAGGCUGGGACUGGCUGUUGGGCGAGGGAAGGGUGAGAGUAGUUCUGGGAGCGAUAAGCUGGACGCUGGGAUGUCCGGGGAGCCGCUGCUGAGGCCGGCAGCACUCUGCUCGCUGCUGCUCUGCGCCGCUCAGGUGCCGCUGGCUUGGGCGCUGACACUGCGCUUUGGCCAGCACUGCCCGCCGCUGGACCGGGCACUCCUGGGCUGGCUCUUCUACGAUGCCACCGUGCACUUCACCCUGGAAGGCCCAUUCGUUUAUAUGUCUUUGAUGGGGACUGUGGCACAAUCUGAUAAUAUUCUUGCUUCCCUAUGGAAAGAGUAUGGGAAAGCAGAUGCAAGAUGGCUUUAUUCAGAUCCCAACAUUGUAUCGUUGGAAAUCCUGACUGUGGUGCUGGAUGGGUUUUUAGUUCUGCUUCUUAUACAUGCCAUUGUGAAAGAUAAAUACUACAGGCACUUUGUGCAAAUUACUCUGUGCGUUUGUGAGCUCUAUGGCGGCUGGAUGACCUUCUGCCCCGAGUGGCUCAUCGGGAGCCCCAACUUGAACACCAGCAACUGGCUUUACCUCUGGGUCUAUCUGGCUUUCUUUAAUAUGGUCUGGGUGCUCGUACCAGGGCUGCUCUUGUGGCAGUCUUGGCUCAGCCUCAAGGAAAUGCACCAAAAGAGAAAUGAGACAGGGAAAAAAUCAAAAUAAAUAAUAUUGUUGCCACUUCA